GGCGGCACCAUGGACGGACGACGUCCAAGAUGAAGUCUCGAGACGACAUCAACUUGGAUCUCUCGCUCGCCAUGUCUCGUUCGGUUGGGCGCGAACACACCCGUUCCGUCGUCUCCUCCCCCCUUUGUCGACGAACAAAUGGCGUUGGACUCCGCGAAGAGAUCACUGGAGGCGGCGGCCGAAGAGAUCCUCCCGACCCCCGCCCUCGACGCCCUCCCUUCCAAGUUCUACGACGCCUUCAUCCUCCGCGGCCUCCGCGUCGACCUCGUCGAGCCUGGCCACCUUCUCUGCUCCAUGACCGUUCCUCCACGUCUCCUCAACACGGGAAACUUCCUGCACGGCGGCGCCACCGCGUCCCUGGUGGAUCUGGUCGGCUCCGCUGCCUUCUAUACUGCCGGAGCUCAGUCGAGGGGUGUGCCUAUGGAGAUCGGAAUCUCCUACUUGGAUGCCGCCUUUGCCAACGAAGAAAUUGAGAUCGAGGCCAAGAUUUUGCGAGCUGGGAAGGCCGUUGGGGUAGUCAAUGUAGAGCUUCGAAAGAAGAAGACAAGAAAGAUCGUGGCAAAUGCACGUUAUACCAAGUAUCUUGCUCCAUCAAGUAAUUUAUGAGGUUUUAACUAAUCUUUCUUUUGAUACUAGUAUCGUCACCUAAAUGCUGGUAACAAUUACAUUGUUGUAGGGUUUAACAUCCCAUGUUCUAAGUACGUUGUUGUGUAGGAAUAAAGUAAUAUAUGAUUUAGUGUCUAAAGACUGUACGAAUAAAGUAGGUUAUGAUUUAAUGUCUAAAGACUUGAUAUUGUCAUGAUAUUAUUAGUAUUUUUUUCAUACAUUUAAUGAGUUAUUUGACUA